AUGCCGACAUCAAGGCCGAAUUGGACCAUACCAUUCCUACGAUUACGGAAGGAGGGGAUCCGUGGUGAUGCCCUGCUUUGGAUAUCCGGGCCGUGUCUAGUUGAAGACGCCGAAUGCGCGACGACGGCGUCUUCUUCGUUCCAUACCACCGCCGCACAACGAUCGCUGCAGGAAUCGGCGAACGAAAGGCCGUCCUCAGGCAACACGCGGGAAACGAACUCCUGUGGCUCCUGCUGUCACAUCCACCAGGUCUCCGUCCGCCGCCGCCGCGUCGCCUACGACGAGGGCAUCCUCAGAUCGCUGAGCUCCAGAAUAUCUCCCCGAAGUCACCUGAUUUAUCCCCUUCGGUUCCUGCGAGACGAAGCCGUCCUUUGCUGCCGAACAGAUUUGGGCUUCGGAUGGCCAAGAAGAGCAAAUCGGCCCGGAUCGGAGGAGCUUCGAGAUCCCACAUCGAGGUGGCAGGUCUUGUUGUUGAUAAGGACGAGACUUGUCGAACGAGGUGCGUCGCCAAAAUGGGAUGUUGGAGGAGAUGAAAGAGGUAAAAACUAUUUCCCUUUCGCUGCUAGGAUGGGAGAUUUCUAUCAUCAGUGGUUCCUAGCUAGGUCUUGUGAUUUCUACCUGCCUCCCUCCUUUCGUUUUUUGGUUUUGUCCCUUAAAUGCUUAGUUACAAAUAAAAAAUUAUUAUUAUUUUCCUGUGGAAACACAAUAUCCGUGAUCUAUAAGCAUUACUUAAUUAAAAGAAAUGGAAUCUAAAGCAUUUUAUUUUUUGUAAAUUAAUUGCAAACAUUUAUCCAAAG